GCCAACCAGACGCUUGGCUCCGCAACUGGCAAGCCUCCUGGAACACCUACCGAACCGAAAGCCCAAUAUUUCGACUUAAAUACUGAACUGGCGUAACGGUCUUUUGAAUAAUUGAAGCAGUGCGUGCCGAACUCGAUGCAAAUUGAUUGCUCAUACGCCGCGUGGUACGGCACAAAGGCAAGGAAAAAUGGGAAAAUAGAAAAAUCGGGAAAAGAGGAAAAUAGGAAAAUAGAAAUUGUUGCAUGCUCUCGGGCGGCGCAAUUGUUGAUUGAUAUUUGUUGGUGCAGUGAGUGUGUGUCAGUGCGAUUUGUGUUCGAUUUGUGUGCGAUUCAAAUUCAGAUUCAAAUUCAAAUUCAAAUGCUUUUUGAUUAAAGCCCGCGCGUGAAUAGUUUUCCAUGCAAUCGGAAGAAACGCUUUUGCGGCCCAAGUUCGCUAAUUGCUCAAUAGCAUUGGCAUUGUGCGGGCUCUCGAAUCCUGAGGGUCACUUUGCGUAGUUAAACAAUUGAAUUGCGCUGAAGUAUCCAAGCGAACCGCUCACCGCGAACGCCAAAAGCUCACUGAGCAGCUCUUUUUGCCCCAGAGGCGUCUCUGGGUUCGCAAGCGGAAUAAAAACAAAGAAACUCGAAAACGAAAACAAACCGCGAAAAAACAAAAUAAAGAGUUAGGAGGUGCUUCGGGGAGCUGGCCCAUAGACUUGACACAAGCCAAGGCAGGCAGCGGCGGAGGGGAAUAAACUGGCACAACAACUUUAAAAGUACAAACGGUCGAGAGGAGGAGCCGUCCAUGGAGUGCAUAGACCGGGAACAAUGCUAAAUGCCACGUCAGCAGCAGCAACAUCAGCAGCAGCAGCAGAAGCAGCAGCAGCAACAACAGCAGCGACAGCAGCAACACCACCAACAACAGCGGCAACAUCAUCAGCAAAAACAAGUCAACGACAGCUUAAAACAUAAUACGCUGGCUGAAGGCAACAAGCGGAUAGGAAGACAGUCGACAGACAGCCGGGGCACAAAGAUAUAGGGGCGAUAUAGGGUGGUGUUCUCUACCGUAGACAAAGAACAAAGCCGCAUUGCCAACGAUGAGGAAUCGCUGUUGCAAUUAGUGAGCCAAGGGGUUGGACGGGCCAUGAAUCACGAGCCCUGCUCGCAGCGGAAACGGAAAUGCUCGCUGGAAACGGAAACGGAGCAGCAGCUGGCCACUAAAUGCCAUUGAACACUGAGCGAUCAUGUCCGACGUUGAGCAGGCGAUUAAGGCCAACAAGCAGCAGCAGCAGCCGUCCCAGUUGGACUGCUCCAUCGACGAUGAGACGGACGCCGACGGAGCUCCUGGUUGUGGAUCGGAAGUGGGCGCCAAGACCACCGCCUCGCUGACCGCCAAGCCGCGCAGCGGCCUCCGGCGCUGCUGCGGCCACCUCCUCAAGCUGCUGCUCUCCACGCCCGGCCUGGUGCUCCUGGUCAUCGGCUACUCCGUGCUGGGCGCCCUCAUAUUCCCCAUGCUGGAGGCGCCGCAGGACCUCAGCAAGUCGGCGGCCAUCGCCAAGAGCCGCGAGGACUGCCUGCGCGAGCUCUGGAUCAUCACAGAGAAACUCAACGUUCUGUACGAACGCAACUGGACGAUGCUGGUCCACGAGCAGCUGCGUCGCUUCGAGGGCUCCAUUGUGGCGGCCACGCGCCAGGGAUCUGGAGGAUCCGGAGGAGGGGCAGCAGGCGGAGGCCUCUUCCACGAGGGCAGCGCCAGUGCCCUGGGCCACUUUGGCUACGACGCCGGCGACUCCCAGGGCUGGACAUUCAGCGAGGCGCUGCUCUACUCGGUCACUGUGAUAACGACAAUUGGACACGGCAGCCUGACGCCGCGCACCGCCGCCGGAAAGCUGGCCACCAUCUUCUACGCCCUGGUGGGCGUGCCCCUCAUGCUGAUGUGCCUGUCCAGCCUGGGAGCCCUGCUCGCCGAUGCCCUGCAGUGCACCUACGUGCGCCUCUGCUGCCAGCUGCAGCGGCACCAGGAGAGCAGGAGGAAGUCAUCCGCCGGGUCCUCGAAGGGGCCAACUGCCAGCACAGCGAUGACAACGAAGGCGGCCAAGUCGAGGGAGAAGGACAGGGAAAAGGGCUCCAAGCGACGACUGGCCAAUUGCAAGGGCUGCAAGUACGAUGCGGCCAACAGUGAGACGAGCUUAAAUGACUGCCUGGACUACGGCCAAAAAGGAAAGCUGCCGGCAGACAACAAGGAAGGAGAUGCCUGUCAAUUGUUGCGCAACUUGAAUCCGCAGCAGCACUUUUAUCAGCAGCAGUUGCAGUUGCAGCAGCAACACCAGCAGCAGUUGCAGCAGCCGGAUGUCAUGCUAAUGACAACGACAUCGGGCAGCGCAUUGCUGAAGUACGCACCGCAGCAGCAGCAACAGCAGCUGCAGCAGCAGCAAUUAUCGACAGCAACCCUCCCGCGACAACAUCCUCAGCUGCAACAGCAACAUCACCAGUUGCAGCAGCAACACCAGCAGCAACUGCAACAGAACUUUGUGGCCGUGCCGAGCAGCAUGCUGCGAAUGCCGCUGACAGUGCCGCCGAAUUGUUAUGCACCCGCCACUGCCACGAUUUACUUCCCCUUCGGCACCGCCCCCUCCGCCCCCGGCAGUCCCGCCCACUCGCAGGCCCACCCAGCUUCGAUUGCCAAUGCCAAUCCCAUGGGGAAUACUCCCACGCUGAGUCAACAACAGCCGCUGGUCAAGUAUCACACGAUACAUCUGCAACCCGCUUCCGGGAAGCAUCGCGUGCUGGCUUCUGGACUCCAGGAUGCAGCAGCCGGGAAUCUCGUCACAGGAUCUGAGGCCUCCUCCCUGGAGGCCAUCACUCUGCCGCCGCCGCCGGCCUAUCAGACAGCCAAUGUGCACGCUGUGCGACGGGCCAAGUUCGUGACGAAACCGCUGCCACACGAGAUCAACGCGCUGAUGGACUGCGGAACAGGAUCGCCGGACUUAUCCAGGAGGCAUGAUUUAUUGCCACCCGCCCACUCGGGGUCACCAGCAACAGGCACUGCAGCAGCAGGUCCCUUGGUAACCUACACGGCCGCAGUGACAAGCCCACAACUGUCGGCUGGAAUUCAGGGAGGAGCAGCAGGAGGAGCAACAAUGGUUGCCGGCGGAGGAGGAGGAGCCACCAUGUCCGAUAACAGUUUUAUGGCCGCAGGUGUUUGUGGCAUGGGUGCUGGUGUUGCCCCUCCCCCGGCAACAACAUCAUCGUCCUCGGGGGCAGCCACUGCAGCCGUCUCCUCGGCAGCAGCAACAUUGUCAGCCCUCCUAAGCACCAACUCCUCGGCCACCGUCGACAUCAUGGAGGAUGAGGACGAGCAGGAGCGGGAGCGAUUGAGCAACUGCCCCCAUGGAACGCCGUCGCGGGUGCCGCUGAUAGCGAGUCCUUUGAGCGUGCCGCAAGACGCGGGCGAGAGUGCCGCCCGCACCGCCGCCUACAACCGCCACACGCUGCAGCCGCUGAACCGCAAGACGCUGCUGCUGACGCGCCGCUGCCACAGACACGCCUCCGGGACCCUGUACGAUGCCACGGCCAACAACACGGAGACCUCCGACGACGAGGAGUACAUGCAGCACGGCAGCGAGCAGUUUGUGCUGAAGAAGCUGCGCUACCACUGCGACGCGGAGGACUGCCGCGAGGCGGAGGACUCCGAGGAGGAGGACGAGCAGGCAGAGGGCCGGCAGGUGCCCAUCAGCCUGGUGCUGCUCAUCCUGGCCUGCUACAUCUGCGUGGGCACCGUGAUCUUCGCCCUGUGGGAGAACUGGUCGCUGGUCGACGGAGCCUACUUCUGUUUCGUCACCCUGUCGACCAUCGGCUACGGCGACUUUGUGCCCGCCCGGAGUUUCAAUGGACCGGAACUGCAGCUGUACGCCUGCUGCGCCUAUUUGCUCCUCGGACUCGUGCUCGUGGCCAUGUCCUUCAGCAUCCUGGAGACGCAGCUCAUGUGGAAGUGCAAGCGCAUUGCCGUGCGACUGAAGCUGGCCCGCACGGAUGGCUAAUCCUAAUCCCCCCUCUCGCAACAAUCCGCAUUCUGCAAUCCAAAUGCUUGAAUCUUAGACUAGGCGUAUCGUGUAAUUAACCCAAACUAGCCCAUCUCUGUGUACAUUUGUCAGCCUAGCGAAAUAAUGAGAACUCGUACGUUGUUCGGAAUUCAAGUGAAUUUGUGUAAAUAAACGGAAUUUUUGGAAUUUUCGAA